UUGUAUUUUUCUCUCCUUGAAACGGAUUUUGUAAUCAUUGUUAGUUUUUAACAUCUUAAUAGAAAAAAUAUUGACGGUGCUCCAGUGCUGACACGUUAUCAUUUUUAACUCUAAUUGGAAUCGAAAUUCACUGCCAAAGGUUUCUCAACUUCUACGUUAUAAACAAAGUCUCCAUCUGCAACAACAAAACGCUUUCUCUUUGCAACCAUCAGCAAACAACUCAAGUACCUGCAUUUUUGUUUGUCUUUUUUUAUAAAUCUUUAAAAAUAAUACAAUAUUUUAUUAAGACAAAUAAUAAUAAUAAUAAUUGUAACAAAAGGAAAUGAUGACCAGUGAAGAGAAACCUAUCCGAGUUGGGUCAAGAAAGAGUGAGCUGGCUCUCAUUCAAACGAAACAUGUCAUUUCACGCUUACAAAAACUCUAUCCGAACAAAAAAUUUGAAAUACAUACUAUGACAACUAUUGGAGAUCGCGUUCUCAAUAUAUCACUGCCCAAAAUUGGAGAAAAAAGUCUUUUUACGAGAGACCUUGAAGAUGCAUUACGUAAUGGUGGUGUUGAUUUUGUCGUACAUUCGUUAAAAGAUUUACCCACCGCAUUACCAACUGGCAUGGCUAUUGGUGCAGUACUUGAACGAGAGGACGCUAGAGAUGCUCUUGUUCUCAGGUCGAAUUUUAAAGGUCACACAAUUGCUACCCUGCCCAAAGGAAGUGUUAUUGGCACUUCAUCAUUGAGGAGAACCGCUCAACUGCGGAGGCAAUAUCCGAAUUUGAUUGUUUGUGAUAUACGUGGAAAUUUAAAUACCCGUUUGGCCAAACUGGAUGCAGUCGAUUCGAAAUUUGCUGGCAUUAUUUUGGCACAAGCUGGUUUGGUGCGUAUGGGAUGGCAUGAUCGCAUAAGUCAAAUUUUGGAGCCGACUGAUUUAUUGUAUGCCGUGGGACAGGGUGCUUUGGCGGUAGAGUGUCGAUCAAAUGACACCGACAUUUUGAGCAUGCUUCGAAGUCUUAUGUGUCUGACCACCACAUGUCGCAUCUUGGCUGAACGGAGUUUUCUCAAAACACUCGGAGGUGGUUGCAGUGCUCCCGUUGCCGUCGUUAGCAUUCUAAACGGUGAUUUGACGAAAUAUUCCUACAAAUGUGAAAAUCUAAAUUUACACUUGGAUGGCGCUGUUUGGAGUCUUGAUGGCUCUGUGGAGAUUCGAGAGAAAAUGUCAUGUUCACUUGGCGUAGAAAUUGAGAACAAUAACAUAGAUGGUGAUGAGAGUAGCGGCGAUGAGCCUCCCAUGAAGCGCACAAGACCGAAUGACAGCCCCGUAAUGCAGAGCCAAAAUAGUCCUCCUAUAAUUAACGAUGAUCCUGACGUCGAAGCAUUGUCCGGAUCGUAUAACAUUGAAGAGUUAGUCGAAAAGCACAUUAGUUUGGCGAGAAAAUGUCCGGUUGUGAGUUCGGAAAUUAAAAGUGACGCUGCUAAUGGCAAUAUGAAUUGUGAACCUGGUGGCGGAGAUGCAGACAAAACUAUGACAAAAUCUUGUCCACUACCAAUUGAUAUUGGGCAGGAUGUCAUGGGUCAAUGCCCGUUUGUGGGCAACGACGCAAAAAUAGCACUUGCUGCAGUAGGAAAAUGUCCAAUGACCAACAAUAACCCCAAUGGUAAUAGCAUAAUUGGAACAUCAAAUGGAGACGAGGUUGAUUGUUCACCCUCUGUGUCUGCGGCAUCGAAAUGUCCCUUCGCCUCGAUGCACAAGCCAAAUGACCCUGUAUUUGCGACAAAACCUCAGGAUACUGAAUCUGCAGUACAUGGAAAGUGCCCCUUUUUACAAAAGACUGUUAAAAUGUUUGACUAUACCGACGAUGAAAAGCCUCAAUCGCAAAAAAUCGCCAACAUCCUAAUUGAAGAUGUAGACAAUUUGUUCUGUGGACUGUAUCACCAUGCCUGUCACAAUCGAGAAUUGUAUGUGAAAAGCAAUCGUUUGGGACAACAAUUGGCAGAGGAUUUGAUUAAAAAAGGUGCCUUAGAUGUAAUGAAGUGUGCUCAGGCUGAAAUUCAUAGUAAAUCAUAAUAGAACUACAUCCGUAUUCUGGCCUAAUUGUUGACAUUAUAAAUCUUCUAAUGUUCUUCCUAAUUCAAGCUAUCCAGCAAUCUUAAUGUGUAUGGGGGCAUUAUAUCAAAUUUGUUCGUUAUAUUGAUCAUUUGUUACAUAGUUGUAUAUGUACACAUUUUGUUUUUUAUUAAUAUUUUUUUCGUUAUUUUGUUUGUUAUCAUCAUUAUAAAUAUAACUACAUUUCAUUAAAUCAACCAAAAUAGUUUAUCAUAAUAAUUCAUUCUGUUUAAAACUAUAAUCACAACAACUAUGUUAACUCAAAGUCAAGAAACAUACCGUUAAAUCGAUCGAAAUGGAUCAAAUGGAAAACUUUAUUUUAGUUAUACAUACAUAUUAAAUUUUUAGUUAAACAUAUUACAUAUUUAAAUAAAGGAAUGGCAUUAUUAAACAAA